AUGAUGAGCCAUUAUGUGCAGAGGUUAAGCAGGUCAAGGAUAUCAGCACUGGCCAAUAUUGUGCAACGAUUCGGUAGCCGAGUUCGCGAAGCCUUGGCAACGGCCUCCGAGGCUAUUUCAAAUGCCGUCAUCGAUAAUGAUCCCAUCACGACACCCGUGGAAUCAAUGUCUCGCUUUAUCAAGGAUAUGAAUGAGAAGGGUAUGGCAGGCUUAGCCUCAGAAUAUCAUAAAAUUGACGUGGAAGAUGCACCAUUCGGCUCUCACAAAGCGUUUGUCAUGAAUAUGACUAAAAAUCGUUAUUCUGAUGUCUUAUGUGUCGAUGAAACGCGAGUAGUUUUGAAAAUUGGAACAGCCGCAAGUGGUGAUUAUAUUCAUGCAAAUUAUGUGCUAUUUCCCGAAUUCCAAAAUAAAUUUAUUUGUACUCAGGGCCCUUUACAGACAACUAGAGACGAUUUCUGGAGGAUGGUGUUUCAGGAACGUGCUGAAACAAUCUUGAUGCUUUGCAGACCAUCUGAAGAUGGCAAACCGAAAUGUGCUGUUUACUGGCCGGAAAAUGGCGAUAAAUUAGAACUUAAUACGGUUGAUGUUGAGAAAGUUGGCGAGGAAAAUUCUGAUUUUGAGGUUCUACUUUUCAAAGUGCAACUCAAAGAUGAAUUCAAACAAUCGCCUUCCGUAAGCAACAAGGACCCACUAGUAGUGAAACAAUAUCGAUGGAGCACGUGGCCUGAUCGUGGAAUUCCAAGUCAUGAGAAUGCUAUGACUCCUUUGAAGUUAUUAUCACUGGUAAGAAGCACUCGAGCACCUUGUAUUGUGCAUUGUUCUGCUGGGAUCGGACGAACUGGCACCGUCGUUGCAAUUGAACUUGGCAUCAGACGGUUUCACGAUGGCCGCAGAGUAGAUCUGGCAAUGCUUGUAAAAGAUCUCAGAAAGAAGCGGGCGCAAUGUAUACAAACCGAAAUUCAGUAUUUGUAUUUAAGUCGUGUGUUAACUGAGUACGCUUUGAGUUCCGGCGAACAAUUAUCUGAUGAUGUGCGUCGUGCAGCGGAAUCAUUUCUCAAAGAAUACGAUUCCAAAAUUAAAAAAUAA